AUGGCAUUAGUUUCAUUUAUAGAUAUAAGAUUUGGGGAUCCUGUUUUAUGUCUUUCCAUGAGUGAACAAGGGAUUGCUUAUGGCUCAGCAUUUGGGAGAAUAUUAUAUCAUAAUUUUUGGACAGGUCAAGAAAUUGUUAUUGCUGAGUUUAGUGAAGAAUGCAUAAGAGGAAUUCACGUUGCAAGGGAUAAUAUCAUAUAUUCUGCAGUUGGAGAUUUAUAUAAUUUAGUGACUUUGAUGUCUAGUAAUCAAUGUACUGCAAGAUUAGCUGUUUCUAAUGAUAAUGAUCACUCAGUUCAUAUUUGUCAUGACACGCAGGUUCUUAUGAGAGAAGAUGUAGUUUGUCUUAUUACGAUUCCUAAAGAAUCGUUGUCAUUUAUCAAUAAAAAUACUAUUCAUAUCACGCAAAUUUCAUCAGAAACUAAACGGCAUUUUGAAAUUUCUACGCUGCCACCUUUUAGUUCUCCUAUAGAUUUUGAUGGGAACCGCGUACUUUUUUUAUCAUUUAACUCUAACCAAACUCGGACACUAAAUAUUAUCGAAUUUAAAAAUGAGAAAGCAAAGCUCAGCGAGAUCACAAAGUUCAAAAAUUCAUUUGGCCAUAUUUCUCAUAUGAAAUUAGUUAAUGAUUUGAUUAUUUUGGUGCAAGAAAAUAGACAUAUAAAAAUUUUGGAUAUAUCUACAGGCAAAAUAAGGCAUGAUAUAGGGUCUUGUAAAGCUGAUAUUGCAGCUCUUAAUUAUUUGUAUAUAAAAGAAACACAAGAUGAAUUUCAUAGUGGGCCAUCAUAUGACCAAAUUAAUAUAGAGAGAGAGUUAUUUAUUGCAUCACAAUAUUAAAAAUGUCAGUUAGUGAUAGGUCCUAGCACCUGCUCACAGGAUGGACCUAAAAUCACGAGUUCAGUGAGAGAAGUCCAACUUCUUGAGAGCUUCGGCUUGAAGUGAAGAGGUCAUUGUUGUGUCUGGCUUGACUAGAGGAGUCCUAACUUAACUUUAGCGGUUUGAUGGUUAGGCCGGUUCACCUACCGUUUUUCAGAGCUGUUAAAUUAGCUGAACCUCAACAAGGGGACUUAACGCAAAAAUAUUUGCGAGAGUAAUUCAAUAAACUUAAACUUAAAAAUUUAUUGCAUUAGGUCUUUAUUUCAGGACCAUGCUUGUAAAGUUCCGUCUUCUUCAUAAAAAGAAGAAGAAUGGGAAACAGUACUUUCCGAAUCUUCCAUUAAAAUAAAAGUAAAAUUAAUAUAGAAGAAAAUUUGGUUUUUAGCAAACUUGUAAUAGUUACAGUGGAUGUGGAAGGGAGUAUUUGUAUAUGGGAUAAUGAAGGAUUAAUUGAAAGAAAUUAUAUUAGAGAUAUAGAUGAGCUUACUGAUGAGUAUAAAAAUUUUGCGUAUUUUUCGAUGGGAUAUCCUUAUGUUGUUCAUGUUAGAAGCCCUCAUAUCGCUUUUUCAACAGAUAUAGGGAUUUUUGUUAUAAAAUCAGCUUAUUUUGAUAGAUCAAAAGCAGAUUAA